UAGGAUCUGCGGUUCCAUCCAUCCAUCCAUCCAUGGAUGUGUUAUGGCUCUGGCGGCUCAUGUCCUGGCUAUGGCGACUGGUUCCAGAAGUUCUUAUGGAGCGCCUGCUGGCGUUUGACCUCACCCAGCUGUCGUUCACCCAGCACGAUCUCGACGAUGCCUUCUUUGGGUUCAUCGACUGGCUGGCCCGGUCCUCGGAGCUGCCGUGGUUGUGCUAUCUGGCCUCCUUAUCCGUCAUGGUUUAUUUCUGGUUGACUCCUUCUGCGGUGGCCGGCCUCGGCGGCGUCAUGUUUGGUCAUCGAUACCACAAAAGAACGCGUGAAUGGGUGCUCGGGUUGGGUUUCCUGCUGAUUGCGGGAAUGCUCAUCGGUCUGCGUUUCGGUCUCGGCGUCGCUUAUGGGUUGAUCUUCCUCAUCUCUCUCAUCAUGCUCGCCGCCCUGUCAUCCCAGCGCCCUCGCCCACCCCGUUGUGGCUAUCGCACUGGGACACGGCGGGUGUUCCUCUUGCUGCUGGUGUACCUCUUCAUCGGAUGCUCCGACGGUCUGCCCAUCAAUGGGAGGAUGCGAUGCACACACAAUGACACCCCUUUCCUGUCUGUGGUGUGUGGUGUGUGCAGGCAUGUUGUCUAUCGGAGGGCCGGCCAUGUGCGGCAACGCCACACUCGGCGCCCGUGUCGUACCACCUGUGGUGCACCGUGAGCACACAACGGCCGACGGGCGCCAACACCACCAGCUUCAGCCGCUGUCUCAUCCCCUCCCACGUCCUAUUCCCGUAGAUAGACAACGGAGCGCCUUCGCCCAAUUGCCUUCCCCUUGUGUAGGGUUUUGAAUCGCAGGGUUUAAGAAGAGACACGCCUCCCACCCACCCAUUGUGAAGGCACACAGGCCACCCACCCACUGAUGCGCCCAGUCUGAGACUUGUCUGAGACUGGGCGCAAUUGACUGGGGGUGUGGGGGCCGAGACGGGAGAAGCCCGUGGAGACUCGAGAGGCAAGAUGAGACUGCUGGUGCUGUGCUGUGCACUAAUCAUCGCAGUUGUCGAGGCAGACAAUGUGACAGGUACCAUUCUUCCCCUGGCUGCUGGGCAGCCGAAGGGAGAUUCUGAACCAUGCUGUCCGUUCAGGUCGGACCCCCUUGUGCAACAAUCUCUACUGGACAACUGAAGAGGACCUCUUUGUGAAGGCAACCACAGAUGUGAACAACACCACAGCCCCAAUCACAGCAUGCGUCAGGUAGGCCAGCAAGGCGCCCAUCUGAACACGUGUGCGGCAAUGCCCUGCCCUCGCCAGGCGCACGGGGUCCGACCCACAGAAGGGCACGGAGAGCAUGUGCAGCGACGUCACGCUUGCGAGCGAGUACGACGGGGCCAAGCCAUGCUGCAACAUCCACCUUUGCGUCAACACAGACACACCAACCUUCAAAGCAGAUGUGGGUGAUCAUGAGAAUACAUGUGCGUGUAUCCGUCUACUGCGAGGCUCGACGGUGCGUUUCUCGUGCAGCCGAUCACUUCAGGCCGGCUUGUGGAGGAUGAGCAUGCUGACUGGUGGUGCGAAGACCCUGAGGCCGGCACUCAGAAGUGGCGGGUGGUCUUAAGGUGGGUCAGCGAGCGAGACACAAUCGAUCAGCCACUGCCUGCGGUGUCUUCUCUUGUCAGCGCCGGAUGCACUGAGGAAGACAUCAUCGCUCCGGCUGUGCACUCCCCCAAGGAGCGCCUCUACAAGAAGCACACGGCAGCCCCGAGACACAAGCGACAGCCCACGCCACCCGUGGAAAAGCUCAUCGCGUCACGGCAUGACUGGUGAUAGCCAUGACCAGAGGAAGACGAGAAGAAACAUGAGUGCAGCACAUGAGCGACGUGGGAUGACAUUGUCGUGAUGUGCAAAAAUGAGAAGAAGCCAGAACAAUAGCUCUCAUGAAGCCACGUCUC